AUGUGGAUUGAUCUCUGGAAUUCGACCCUUCAUCCUCACCUGAAGCUUCUUCUCUGGAAGAUUUGGUCAGACUUACUGCCUACUAAAGGCCGUCUUGGUUUGGAAGAUAAGUCUUGUGUUUUUUGUGGUUUGGAGGAUGAGUCGGCCUUGCAUUUAUUCUGCUCUUGCAGCGUCACCAGAGCUCUUUGGUUUCAAUGUAAAUGGGGAUUUCGCACGGAUUCCUUCAGUUGGUCAUCUAUAGCAGACUUUGGGAUGUGGUGGGCCAAGUUAUUGGAUGAUGAGGCUCAAUCGUAUAUUGCCUGCUUGUGUGAUAUCGUUUGGCGCAAAAGAAAUAACAUAAUCUUUAAAGGGGACUGUUGCAAUAUGCAGGCUAUGAUCAAGGAAAUCAGAGAGAGAGCAGCGGAGAUGCACUUCUCUAUGGCCUCGACAGAGGUGAUCGAACAUCAAGAGGAUGUGGUAAAUGAACCACUUCCUCAUCAGGAUUUUAUUAAGUAUAGUGUUGAUGCUUCUGGUUUGAAUUCGAAGGCUGGUUUAGGAGUGGUGGAGCUGUCGGGUGAGGCUGUAGGAGAUUGGUGGGCGACUACAGAAAUUUCUGAGGUUUCUGGGGUGCUCGAGGGGGAGUUGCGGGCUAUUCGCUUGGCUCUUGUUCAGGCGAGUUUGAGAAAUGUUACCAAGUUGCUGGUGCAAUCUGAUUCGAAGGCUGCGGUAUUGGCUCUCAGAUGUGGGAGUUUACCUUUGGCCUGGGGCACUUACCCUGUUUAUGAAUCCUGUCUAUCUUUGUGUAAGUGCUUUGAUCAUGUAAUAUUCUCUUUUAUUCCUCGAGAGGAAAAUAGGGUAGCUGAUGCUCUUGCGGGGUGGGCGAGAAGCUCUUCGUCCUGUAUCUCGGGCCUUCUCAGGGAUGUAGCCCCCUUUGUGGCUACAACUCUCAUGUAA